AUGGCAGCCAUUACCCAUCUUUUCGUCUACUCUUUCUUUUUCUCUCUGUUUAGAAUAUCCAUUGCGCAAGACUCUAUUACUCCAACUCAGUCAAUCAGAGACGGUGGCACUACUUUAGUUUCAGCUGGCCGAUCAUUUCAAAUGGGAUUCUUCAGCCCAGGUAAUUCCAAAAGCCGAUAUGUGGGAAUUUGGUACACAGUAUCUUCGGACACAGUUGUAUGGGUAGCCAAUAGAGAAGCUUCGCUUAGCGAUCACUCGGGAGUUUUAAAGCUUGCUGAUGAUGGAGUUCUUGUGCUUCUUAAUAGCACCAAUGGUACUGUUUGGUCAUCUAAUACAUCAACAACCCCACAAAAUCCAGUUGCACAGCUCUUGGACACUGGAAAUCUUGUUGUCAAAGAUGGGAAUAAUGAUGAUCCAGAGAAGUUUUUGUGGCAGAGUUUUGAUUAUCCUUGUGACACACUCCUACCGGAAAUGAAGCUUGGAUGGAACUUAGUAACUGGUCUAGAGAGGUUUUUAUCAUCUUGGAAGAGCACGGAAGAUCCUGCUCAAGGUGAGAAUUCUGUACGGAUAGAUCUUUGUAAGACACCAUCAUUUGUCGAACUCAAGCUCAAGCAAUUCUGUGUCGCAACAUGUCAGUAA